AUUUGCAUGUAUUGGAAUUCUGUAGUGGGGCUAGCCACCUAACACCUGCACAUGCGUGCUCUACGCGUUUAUGAAUCGUGAAAUAGCAUUCUCUACAUGGAAAGAACAACGAUAGUGAAUUUCGUCACCGACUUCCGAUUCUGUUCACAAGUAAAGGAAGCUGCAAGUAUCCGAAGGCCACUUUUAAUGAAUUUUGACGCUAUUUGACAUUUUUCACAAUUUCAAAUUCUUCAAACAACAGAACCAUCGUCAUGACAUCAGCCAAACAGCCAUGGCUAUCUGCAAACUGAGUGCACCAAUAAAUGACAUUUCGGUGAUGAUAAGUUUUUGAGAAUAGAUCCACCAGAUUUCAUUUUCUAUACUUGCGUGGUAGAAAAGAUCACGACAAUAUGUCUCGGUUUCUCAACCCGGCCAAAAUUGGCCUCCUCGCCCUCGUUGAGCUAUAUACGAAUAAGGCUGUUCCAACAGCCUCCACCGUGGAAGUGCUCUCCUUUAUAACUUCUCACUUAAUCGACGUCGCUCCGACUUCAUCCAACACCGAAAAUCGAUGGAAACGAGCUGAAACUAUCGUCAGCCUAGUCAUCUCUAUUGCCGACUUCGAAAAAGUCUUGGCACCGCAUACUGCUGCUUCUGGCAUACCGGGUCGGAACUUAUGGUAUGUGUUUUUAGACAGACUAUGGAAGAUCGAUUCGCUCGAUGCUUUGCAUGAAUUCUUCGAACGGUGUUCAGAACUAUUAGCAAAGACGAAGGAUGAGCUCCGCCGGGACGAACAAGAGGGCGUGCCAAUUCCAGGCCCAGAAGUCAUAUUGCUUUCCCGGAAUUCACCAUUUGGCGCAUUUGUGCGCCGAUCUCAACUUGAAUUCACAAGGCUGCGUUUCCACGAUGCUUUCGAAUUAUGGAAGGACUUCGUCAAAUAUCGUCAAACCACGGCUGCGUAUUAUCGGAAGAAGACACCAUCUUUCCAGAGGCUCAGUUUCGAUCAUGUUCUAUUAGCUGGUGAAAAUGACUGGGGUCCAGGCGUAGAGGACAUUGCGUCAGUGGCGUACGGAGAUAUGCUUAGGGAUGAUCCCACAUCGACCUUACCCGUCAGCACCGACGAUAUCGAGAAACUUUUGGAGUUCCAGAUCGAGCAGAUGCAGAAAUAUGGCAAUCGAAUACCAAUAGAGAUACAGCACCAAUUCCAGGAUCUCUUAAACGAUAGUUUCAUGGUACCAAGCCUAUCCCACUACCUUAGCUAUUUAGAUGCCUGGAGAGCGGGCGACUACUCAACAUCGUUCGAUUAUUUGCACCGAUACUUCGACUAUACGAUGCAAAAUAGGGACAGAUCUUUCUAUCAAUAUGCUUUGAUGAACCUGGCAGUAUUGCAAGCCGACUUCGGUUGCUAUAAAGAGGCGAUAUCCGCCAUGUUGGAGACUGUCUCUACUGCUAGAGAAAAUCGGGAUAUGACAUGCUUGAAUUUUGCCCUCAAUUGGCUUUUCCACUUUGGUCGCGCACAUCCCGAAGUGACCAAGAAGCUGGAGUCUAAUAGCAUGCUGGGAACUGGUAAAGAGUCUCUCGCAUUCCUUCGAAGUAGGGCAAAGGAGACGGGCAUGUGGUCUCUAUGCAGUUCCGCACUCAUGAGCGAGGCAAAGAUGAGUCUCUCAAACGGCGAAAGUGUAGCUACGGCCAUCGAACAUCUUGUCAGGAGCUCUCAGAUAUUGGUCGAACGAAACAUGAAGAACAUGAUAGGCUCUCAAUUGUCUAUCAACAUAGCAUUAUGGGAUAGAUUAGGGGUCGCUUAUCUGUCGAUAACUACCUGCGAAAUAUUCCUUCGAUGUCACGCCCGUCAUUCGAUAUUCGACGACGAGUUGAAGGUAACUAGUCGCCAAGCCUCAAUACUAACCCUCAGGGGUAAAUAUGACGAAGCACUUGGGAUUUUAGAAGGCAUGGAUGCUAAUUCCCUCCGAGCCUGGAAACCAAGCCAAUAUUGGCACAAGUUCCGUGGCAUAAUCAAAUUGAGAAGAGAUCUUCACCGAAAUAACCUCGACGGAGCAGAGCUACUUAUCUCACAGCUUCUCCAGUCUAAGAACGAAGAUCUAGAGCCUGAUCUUGCGUUUGUGGUAGAUAGUCUCCACGUGGAAUGUCUUGUGCGCAGAGGCAUUCUCGACCAGGCUUUCGUCAAAGUGGAGAAGAUGAUAUCAGAGCUCCGAGAUGAGAAUAAAGAUAUCGCCCUACGUAUCCGACUCCUGCUUCUUAAGGCAGAACUUCUCGACAAAUGCGGCCGCCCUCAAAAGGGAUUUACUAUUGCUGUGCGAGCAGCGAAUGUUGCCUGGCGCGCUCGUCUCAUUCCUUAUCUCUGGCCAGCAAUUGGGGCCAUCGCAAAUAUCCUAACAUCGCUCGGCGAAUUCGAACCGGCUAUCCAACUACUUAACGCGAUACUACCACGCAGUCUUGAGUGCGAGAACUCGGCAAUGACUGCGAAGCUAUACUCGCAUCUUGGCGACGCUAACAUGGGCAUGGCAGGCAAGAUGCCUCCAAAAUCUAACAAAAGACGAGAAUUCAUGACGAAGGCAGUGGAGGCAAUAGAGAAAGCCUUCAACCAUUACUCAAGCGUCGAAGAUAUUAAUAAACAGUGCGAGAUGAUGGCAAAGAAAGCUACAAUCAUGAAGGUCACAGGGGAUAACGUGCUCGCCAAUGACUACGCGGCUGCGUACUUGUCUAUACGGAGAGACGCUGAGCGGAUGAAGAUAUGAUUGGGGUUCGAGCUAGUUUCCAUAACGUCUGCUCAGUCUACGCAGUUGAUCACAUGUAGUCACUAUGUCGAUUAUGAGGUUUUAUAGACAAACGUGUUAUGACCACAAGAGAGGUUGCCGUGAGGAUAUAAGAAAAUUGCC